GAGAAAUCUACAUAUAAUGGCCGUGAUAAACCCUCGACUAUCUCAUCAUCCCGCUCUUUCAGCAGGGGGGUCAAUGUGACGUAGAAACAGGUAAGACCUUUUAAAUCCCACAAGACUUUGCGUGAAAACUCACGCCGGAAACCUCGCGACUAGAAGCACUCCUACGUGACUAUAAUAAAAACACAAUGUCAAAUGUAUCAGUUCUUCUCGUUGCGCUUCACUGUGCUGUAUACAUUUAUUCUGAAAUCAGCGGCGUGGAUUCAAGACCGCCAGACCUCGAACCGACCGAACCGUUCAGUGACGACGCGACAGAAGCGACAAGAGCUGUGGCAGAAUAUAACGAAAAUCUUCAAAGACAGCUCGUGCCCAUUUUGAAGAGAAAGUUCAACCGUCUUCCAGGCGUAUGCAGACGUCUCAAGAGGAGGAGGAUAACCAUUCUGUGUAAUACAGCAAAGUUCUGUUCUGCGAUGACACGUUCUCGGCAUGGCCACAUCUGCUCCUGUCCAAAACGAUCAAAGUGCACUCAUUUCUUUUUAUGGAGUUUGUGACUUUUUUUUUUUUUUUUUUUACUUACAUCACACAAUACAUAAUUUUCCAUUAUGACAGAAUCACGCAACACCAGGCAAACAAGGGCAGACAAUUCCUUUUGCCCAUUUAUUCCUCAGUUCAUUUUCAAUAGAGGACAGGAAACGUCACUCAUCUUUCAUAAAAAUACACCUUUUACAUUUUAAAUAGAUCAUUCAAAUCAGUUAUGGGACAAAGUUCAAUCAAAUUCACAUGGCUUCCUUUUUAACUUGUGGAGUAAAAAAAAAAAAAAAAAAAACA